UAAAAACAGCUGUUUUUUCAGAAAGAUACACGGAUUAUGACGUGGUGUUUAAAAGCUUAAAAACGUGUUCUAUUUUCUCUGGAUUUACAGUAUAAUUAGAAUAAUCUUGACAAAGAAAGUGAUAAUCUUUGAGAGAAAAUACAACAAAAAUGAGAUGGGAAUUGCUAGCGGUUUCUUUUAUUUUAAUUACAAGUGUAGUGGAUUAUGUUUGCCCUUUAGCAGUUAUGUCUGUUGAUUUGGGAUCAGAAUGGAUGAAGAUUGGAAUCGUUUCCCCGGGUGUACCUAUGGAAAUUGUGUUAAACAAGGAAUCUAAACGUAAAACUCCAACGGUAGUUAGUUUUCGAGACAACGUACGAACAUUUGGUGAAGAUGCUCAGACUGUGGGUACACGUUUUCCAUCCAACAGUUAUGCAUAUUUAUUAGAAUUGUUGGGAAAGGACAUUAAUCACCCGUUAGUUAAACUCUAUCAAAAACGAUUCCCUUAUUAUAAUAUUGUAGAGGAUCCUCAAAGGGGAACUGUUCUAUUUAAACAUGAUGAAAACACAUUUUAUUCUCCUGAAGAACUUGUUGCACAAUUGUUGUACCGUGCAAAAGAAUUUGCAGAUAUUUCUGCUCAACAGACAGUAAAGGAGUGUGUACUAACAGUUCCUGGAUACUUUAAUCAAGCAGAAAGAAAAGCAUUGCUUCAGGCUGCUGAACUUGCCAAUAUAAAAGUUCUUCAGUUGAUUAAUGACCAUACAGCUACAGCUUUAAAUUAUGGCAUAUUUCGAAUUAAAGAUUUUAACGAGACCGCACAAUAUGUCAUGUUUUAUGACAUGGGAGCAACUUCAACAACGGCAACCAUAGUGAGCUAUCAAACUAUAAAAAUAAAAGAAAAGGGCUUCGUUGAGAUGCAUCCCCAACUCACUGUGAUAGGAUAUGGGUAUGACCGCACUUUAGGGGGUCUAGAGAUGACACUGAGAUUGCGAGAUUAUUUGGCUACGAAGUUUAAUGAAAUGAAGAAAACACCUACCGAUAUAUUUACGAGUCCACGAGCGUUAGCUAAAUUAUUUAAGGAAGCUGGACGUGUUAAACAGGUGCUCUCUGCCAAUGCCGAUCAUUAUGCUCAAGUGGAAGGUCUUCUUGAUGAAGUUGACUUCAGGUUGCAAGUAACUCGUGAAGAAUUUGAAAACCUCUGCGCCGAUCUUUUUGAAAGGGUAAGCGGCCCUGUAGAAAGAGCAUUGAAAAUGGCAGGUUUGUCAAAAGAAAUUUUGAAUCAAGUUGUUCUUACUGGGGCUGGAACAAGAGUACCAAAGGUUCAAGAAAAACUGCAAAAAGUUGUUGGUCAAGAGUUAGCGAAAAAUUUAAAUACUGAUGAGUCAGCAGCGAUGGGGGCAGUAUAUAAAGCAGCGGAUUUAAGUACUGGUUUUCAAGUGAAGAAAUUUUUGACUAGAGAUGGCGUUAUUUUCCCUAUUCAGGUUGUUUUCGAAAGAGAAACUGAAGCGGGACUUAAACAGGUUAAACGUACUCUAUUUGGAUUAAUGAAUCCGUAUCCACAAAAAAAAAUUAUUACGUUUAACAAGCAUGUAGACGACUUUACCUUCUAUAUAUAUUAUGCAGAACUGGAUCAUUUACCAGAGAAUGAAUUACUUUGUUUGGGUAAUACAAAUUUAACAGAGAUAACAUUAAAAGGUGUAGCAGAGGCCUUGAAAAAACACAAAGGUCCAAAUGUAGAUGGUAAAGGAAUCAAAGCGCAUUUUUCAUUAGAUGAAUCUGGAAUCUUGAAGCUGGUUAAUGUAGAAUUCGUCUUUGAAAAAGUUAUCACAAAAGAAGUAGAAGAAGAGCAAGGAACACUAUCAAAACUAGGCAGUACCUUGAGUAGACUUUUUAGUAACGAUGAGGAAGCGUCGGAAAAAGUAGAAGAGAAACAGGAAAGUUUUGAAGAAAGUGCUCAAGAAGUGCAAUCAGAUAAAGAUGAAAAAUUGAACAAAACAGCUGCUAAUGAAACUACAUCAAAGAAUACAACAGAAAAGCAUUCUCCAAAUGACAUAAAACCGAAAAUCGUAACAAUAAAGGAGCCAAUAAAAGCGCUAGAAAAUAUUUUACACAUUAAAGAAAUAACGAAAGAUCAGUUAAAUCAGGCAGUAGAAAAACUGGAAAAAUUAAAUGCAGUUGAUAAAGAACUAAAUAGGAGAGCAACAGCUUUGAAUAAUCUUGAGAGUUUCGUCAUAGAUACACAAAACAAAUUGUAUGAAGAUGCUUACACACAAGCAGCAACUCCAGAAGAAAUUGAAAAAAUUCGAAAAGCUUGUUCAGAGACUUCAGACUGGUUAUAUGAGGAUGGUGCUGAAGCAGACGCAGCUACUUAUGAAAAGAGGCUAAAGGAAUUAAAUUCUCUUACAAAAGACCUGUAUGCUAGAGUAUAUGAACACAGAGAGAGGCCAGAAGCGUUAAACGCUUUAAAUUCCAUGCUAAAUGGCUCGAUUAAGUUUUUAGAGUCUGCAAAAAAUCUUACUAAGGAAAUAAACCCCGAGAAAGAUGUUUUCACUGAUAUCGAACUGAAAACACUUGAAAAAACUAUCAAUGAUACACGUGAUUGGGCAAACAAAAAGGUGGAAGAGCAAGACAAUAUAAAAAAAUCGGAUCCUGUUGUUUUGACCGUAAGAAUGAUUUCCGAAAAAAUGUCUGCUCUUGAUAGAGAAGUGAAAUAUUUGGUGAACAAGCUUAAAAUCUGGCGACCUAAGAAGACUGAAAAGUCUAAUGCAGACAAAAAUAAUACAAAAAGCGAAUCAGGUGGAGCAAAUAAAACGGAAAAAACAGAAGAAUCCCUAAAAGAAGAAAAUAUUCCAAACCCAACAACAGAUGAAGCAGAGAAGAAGACUAGUAAACAAGACAAAGAAAAGCUAAGUGAAAAUGAAUCAAUUAAAUCGAGUGAACAGGAUAACAAGGAAAACCAUUCAGAAUUAUAAUUGUGUCUUAGUGUAAUUGAAAUGACUUUUAACUUAUUGAAAUUUUGGUAGUUAUUGUUAAGAUGUAUUUAUUUCACUUCUUCUGUUUUAUAAACAGUUUGGGCAUAUAAUAGUAAUUUUUUGAAAAGGGCAAUCAUUUUUAUACAUUAUUUGCCGGUUUACAGCUUUAGAAAAUUAAAUUAAAAAUUGCAUAACAUCGUUGUUCCUUUAGUUAAUAAAACUAGUAUUACUGAUUUUCAUGUAAAUGUGUAAACAAUUUUUCUUUGUACUAAUCUACUAUUAUCUUUUAUUAUUUUUUUUAUUUGAAAAUAUUUGUACUUCAAGACAAAAUAAUGUGAAAAUAAGUGAAAUUUUAUUAAUUGUAAGUGGAAUAAAAAUUCGCUUCUUUUGGUAGUA